GGCAACACUGCAUUGCAGCUGCCGCUGCCGCACGCGAAAACGGUGGUUGGGGUUGGCUUGUUUGUUUGUGCGUGAUUUGAUUUGCCUUGCCUUGCCGGUGUUGCUCUAAUUUCGUUGCAAUUCAUUUCCUCGUUGAGGGCGUGAGAGGAAUUAGCAAGCUUUUCUGGCAGCUAAUACUUCCUACGGACAUCAUGACAGAGGGAGAGACGGCUACUGUCACCAAUGGCACUGGAGAUGGGAGUGGUGAGGGAGACAAUGCCAACUUAAAUAAUUCGGCUGCCUCUGAGCAUGACCCUCAUUUUGAGCCUAUUAUCACCCUGCCAGAGGUGGAAAUUGCCACUUUGGAGGAGGAUGAGGAAGAAAUGAUUAAAUUACGGGCCAAGCUCUUUCGAUUUGACUCUUCUGAAACCCCAUCGGAAUGGAAGGAUCGUGGUGUUGGUUGGGUCAAGCUUCUGAGACAUCGCACCAGAAACACAGUCCGUGUAGUAAUGAGGCGUGACAAGACUCUGAAGAUCUGUGCUAACCACUAUGUGACACCUUGGAUGACACUCACUCCUAGCUGUGGCAGUGAGCGGGCUUGGGUUUGGUCUUGCAAAGCAGAUUAUGCAGAUGAAACUCCACGGGCUGAACUGCUAGCGAUUCGCUUUCAGAAUGCAGAAAUUGCCCAGAGAUGGAAGGACAAGUUUGAAGAAGCCAAGGAAAUAGUCAAGAAAUAUUUGGGGGAGGAAGAGUUGGGUACUGAAGAGGACAGUGAAGUUGAUACUACCAAUGAGGAGGAUACAAGCAUUUCACCAAGUAAAGAGGCUGAAAAAGAUGAGUCCAAGGAGGAGGCCAAAACCACUGAAGUCACUGAACAAAUGGAAAAAUUGAAUGUUGUUGAAAAGGAAGAACCUGAAAAGUCUGUCUCUGAACCAUCAAAUGAAUGAUCUGUUUAAACUUUUUCUUCAUGCCUAAAUUUUUGAUUUGCACUGAGAUUUACCUUAUUGUUACCUUUAACGUAAACAAAAUGAAAACUAUGGAAAUGUUGGAUCCAUCUAUUGAA